CAUACACCCAUGUACUUCCUCCUCAGCCACCUUUCCUUAAUUGACAUGAUGUACAUUUCCACCAUUGUGCCUAAGAUGCUGGUUGAUUACUUGCUGGAUCAAAGGACCAUUUCCUUUGUGGGGUGCACAGCUCAACACUUCCUCUACCUUACCCUUGUGGGAGCUGAAUUCUUCCUGUUGGGCCUCAUGGCCUAUGACCGCUAUGUAAUAUUGCAACCUCUGAGAUACCCUGUCCUCAUGAGCCGCCGAGUCUGUUGGAUGAUUAUAGCAGGUUCCUGGUUUGGGGGCUCUUUGGAUGGCUUCCUCCUAACCCCAUCACCAUGAGCUUUCCCCUUCUGCAAUUCCCGGGAGAUCAACCACUUUUCUGUGAGGCUCCGGCAGUCCUUGAAGUUGGCGUGUGCAGACACAGCCUUAAAGGAGACAGUGAUGUACGCUGUGUUUGAUGCUGCUGAUUCCUUCUCUGUAGUCCUUGCUUCCUAUGCCUGAAUCCUGACCACAGUGCACCGCAUGAGCUCAGUGGACGGCAGGAAGAAGGCUCUUGCCACUUGUUCAUCCCACGUACUGUGGUGUCCUUGUUCUAUGGGGGCUGCCAUGUACACUCAUAUGCUGCUCACACUCCUACCACACACGCCUGCCCAGGACAAAGUCCUCUCUGUGUUUUACACCAUUCUCACACCCAUGCUGAACCCCCCCUACCACAGCCUUAGAAACAAGGAUGUGACUGGAGCUCUGAAGAGGGCCUUGGGGAGGUUCAAGGGUCCUCAAAGGGUGUCAAGAGGUGUCUUUGAUAGUCGACUCUUCCCAUGCGUGUGGUAA